GAAGCAGUUGGUAAACAAACCAGCAGACGUACAGUCGGAGUCGGACCAUGUUUAUAUAUUUUACGAUGCCAAAUAGAUUUUAGUUUAAAUUCUAACACACUAUAUAGACUUUUGCCUUCAAAAUGGUCCAUAAAAAGCGUCUGAUUGAGCAGACAAUCAUGUGUUUGGACUUUGUGAGAAGUUUCCUGAAGUUAGCUUAGCAUGCUAGUUGCAGCAGCCAAGGUUAGUUCAGACUCCCCUUCUCCGUCUACAUGUCGGCCAGACGAGCUCUGGUGAGCUGUGCUGUGUUGUGUGUUAAAGAUACCUGUGUGUUUUAUCCGUGCUGUAAGAGCUGCUUCUCCAGGAUCGAUGUGGAUCAGCGGGACACGACGAGAUGUCGAUGCUCCAGGUGUGGUUACAGUUGUCACAAGGAACUGGUCGAUUACAGGUACCGUCUCUCACUGAGGGUGACCCGGGACAGGUGCAUAUUUGGAGUCACAGUAUUCGGAACCUGCUUAAACCCAUUAUUUGGUGUUCAUGCAGGUGGAUUACAGAGGUUGGUGGAAAACAAAGACGGACCAGUCGCACCAUCAGUCAAAGCUAAACUGCUGAUUAAUGCUGUCGAGGACUGUUUCAUAGGCAAACAUUUCAUCUUUGGUUUAAAGGUGAGUGGAACAGACAGUGGGCUAUGCUUUGGAGAGUCUGGCCUCAGUGAUGAAAGAGUCCAGUUUAUCGCCAGUCAGAUGAUUCUCCCCAAAGCUGCUGGCCUGGGAGGCUGCACAGUGCUCACUUUUUAUCAGCUCCUUCUUCAGAAAGCUGCAGAAUAUGAACCAGGCUCCAGUAAUGAUCCUGGUAAAACCUUCAGACCCCCAGAGACCCCCCUGCGUCUGAUUCCUUAUCGUUCUCCAGCCAGAAGCUUUAAUAAUGCCACAUUUUCUGCCUCAGGUUUUCUUUCACUGUCACCACAAGGAUCCCAAGACUGCACCCUCACUCCAACCCCUCCAUGGCAACAAUCACUUGGCCUGGUCACUUCAUCAGCAGAGCAGGACGAAGGAAGCAUCAGCCAGGAUAAUGGAGACGAAAACAGCCGGCAGACAGAUGACAACAAAACAACACAUGGUGUACCGAUCAGCUACUGGGAGAAAGAGACAGUGACAGAGGAGAGAAAUCUGUCACCUCCUCGUUCUUUAGAGCACAGUCCUCAUAGUCCAUCAUUUGCUAAUCACCCAUACACAUCUAUUGAGGAAGCUGUUGAAAAUGGCCCCCUUGCAAGUACUUGGUUCAGUCCCUCCCAGCCCAGCCACAAACUGGAUUCAUCACUCUGCUCAAAGGCAAUGGGUUUUUCUACCACACAAUCCCCCAAAAUGUCUCAGUCCAGCUCUGUGGUGUGGGAGGAUCUGCCUUUCUCUGAGAGUUUUGGGGAGUUUUUAUGUGAGGAAUACAAACAUUGUGACAUGGAGCCACAUCCAAAUGUGCAAACUCAGAGUGUAAUGGUGAAAAAUGACCCAGAAACAAGAUCACAAGACAAGAACUUGUCAAUUCAAUCACAUUCUGUUCAUCAGAGCAGCACCCAAGUAACAGAGAGCCACUCAAGCUUGGGAGACAUAGAUGGUCUGUCUAAGCAGAUGUGCAAGAAGUAUGUUGUAUGUAUAAAUGAGAGUAAAGAUUUUAAUCAGGAAGACAAAGAGGCCAGUUCUCUGUCUUUUGAAACCAAAGAAGAGCAGCUUGAAGGAGAUACCUAUGAUUGUUCAGUAGACCUGUUCAGUAGUUCACUCCCAAUCGAUGAGGACACUAUGACGAUCAAUACUCAUGCUGAAACACCUGACAAACUGAAAAGUAGAAAAUCCUUCAGUAGUUUAAUUCCACCUGGUAUACAACACAUUGACUUUAUUCCUCCGGCUCAGUCCACCCCAGUUUUAAAAGUAAAUGGUACGUCAGGUUUGGAGAAAUUGAAGAGUAAGAAUUCCGGCCGAAUCAGCUCACCUCUUUCUAAACUCAGUGCUAACCACCUGUCCCACUUUGGAAGAGAGUCUACAAAAGAAAACUUGGUGUGGAACAAAACACCCUUCAGAUGUACCCCAAAAGGAAGGAUCCGGAAACCAAUCAAACAAACUCCACGAUCCCAGAUCAUGGGGGUCCAGGCGGGAGCUCUGAACCUGCAGUCGCCAGUGAGGAUGAACCACAAGUGUGACUCGAGUGUCUGUGAUGUGAUUGCGUGUGGUUGUGAGAACAGCCAAGUAAUGGUUCCUCCUACUCCUGUCAGUAAAACACAGCUGAAUGUAAAGCUCAGUAGAAGAAGCCCUAAUAGUGAUCUCAGCAGCAGCAGUAGCAGGUUGGGUUCUACUUGUCAAGUUAACUGUAAAAGAAAUCUGUUGGAAUUUCAUCUGUCAUCUAUCACAGCGUCAGGGAAACAACUGGCACAAACAGAAAACUGUGGCACGAAAUCAGCUCGUGAGAGUAGACUGGACGGAUCCGACCUCUGUGACGAUGAGAACCAGGCAUGCGAUUGGUCCAGAGAUCUGUUCUCUGACUCGGUCUGAGAGGUUCUGUUGCAGAUUGGUUUAACCAAUGUUGUUUUUUUUAUGCAUUUCAUACUCGCAACUUAAUUUAUGCAAGAUCUACUUUUGUGUUUGAACAGCACUAAUACGGUCCCUGCUGCUACUGUUAGGAUAGGGGAAAUGCUUAUUUCUGAUAUGUGACCGUAUCGCUUAACUUAAACACAUUUUAUUGGUAUUGAAACCUCGUAUUAAACAGGUUCUAGUUUUUAAUUAUUUAAGCUGGUGUAUGCAACAUAACUAUUGCCACUGAUCAAUUUCUCUAUAAUAUUCUUUCAGGAUAAUGAUAAUCAGUUGAUCUGAGAGAGAGAACUAGACUUUUGCACCUAUUGUUGGUUACUGUAACUGAUCAGAACUGUGAAUAUUCCAAGAAACACACAAACACAUGUAAUUCACUUAAACAGAAUUGUAUUUACAAUGUUUUAAAGAUUAUAUACAGUCAAAGGAGAUUUGAUUCUUUGUUUACAGAAUAACCAAUAUCAUUAAACCAACCCAAAGUAACCAUCUAA